UUCAUAAUAAUAAUAAUAAUUUGUUGGUUGUUGUUCUUCAUCUCAUUCAUCUCCCUUAAAACUCGCUCUCAUCACCCGUUCUCCGUCUCCCUUUCUCUCUUUUGCUUCUUUUAUCUCUUCCAUUGCACCCUCCUGCAAUCAAUCUUUCAUGACGUCUCAAGAGAAAGGCCGGCCCCUGCCAAAAUUUGGCGAGUGGGAUGUGAAUAAUCCGGCCUCCGCCGAUGGGUUCACGGUCAUAUUUGCCAAGGCCAGGGAUGAAAAGAAAGCCACCGGAGCGGCGGGGACGGCCGUGCCGCCGCAGGCAGCAAAACCAAUGAACGGCGGACAAAAUGAAGCUGACGACAACCCGAAGAAGUGGUUUUGCUGUUUCUGAAAAACGGGAGCUUUUCUUAUUGUGAAAUGAAAGGUGAAUAUAGAAAAGGAAUGGCCAUCAGGUGGUAUUAUUCAUAGGCCAAAUAUCAUCCCUUCCUAGUCCAGAAGAUGGGGGGCAUGAGUUGAGGAGUUGUGGUGGUUGUUUUUCUUUACCUACUAUCAUGUAUAAUAUUGCACUUCAAACUUCUGUAAUCAUUGGUAACAAACGUUAGCAAUUUAAGGAAGAAAAAAAGGGCAAGAAUUAUUCUAAA